GGGGAGGCGGGGCUAACCGCGGAGCCCGGAGCGGAAGAGGCCCAGGCAGCUGGGUGUCGCGCGGAGGCUGUUUGGCGGUGAGUCUGGGGUCGGCUGGCGCUCCAAGCCCCAGGCCGCGGGGGACGUUCAGAGACGCUCAGGACUCGGUUGCUCCGGGGCGGUCGCCGCUGACGGCUGCUUCGCCGACUGCUGGUCCCCUGCCUGCGGCCGCGGACACCCCGCCCGCCGCCCGGAGCUCGGCCUGAGCGGCCUGUAGGCCCAGGCGCGGCCCGCCGAGCCCGACGCGCUGCCGCCGCCCGCGCUGCUGUGAGUACCGCUGCGAGCGCCCUCUCCGCGGCCGUGUGUGCACGUUAAAAAUGGAGGAGAUCUCGCUCUCCAACCUGGAUACUAGCAAGCUGGAGGCCAUCGCGCAGGAGAUAUACGUAGACCUGAUAGAGGAUUCGUGUUUGGGCUUCUGCUUUGAAGUGCACCGGGCAGUCAAGUGUGGCUACUUCUACCUGGAGUUCGCGGACACUGGCAGCGUGAAGGAUUUCGGCCUUCCGCCCGUGGAGGAGAAAGGGGCGAAAGGAGCGUGCCGCCUCCCGCUCCGCUCCCUCCCCGCAGAGUCUGGGAGCGGGCCUGAUCAGGCGCUGCAACGCUCGCCUCCGGAAUUCCAGUAGCUGCAACAUGAGAGAGAGCCUGAGGGUGACCAGGACAAGAACAUAGACCGGUCCUGUGGUCUGGAGAAGUUAGGUAGCUAAGUAGAGGGAGGAAAAAAAAAUGUCAGACAAAAGUCCCAAUUCCCAUUGAAGAUUCUAGCCUUUAAAACCCCAAAGUGGAGAAUUUAAAAAAUUCGGAUUUUUUUCUAAAUAUUUUAACCUGGGAUCAGAUUUGAAACGCUGGGCAGGAGGAGCUGUGCAUCUUGCACCAUUGCAAUGCAAGGUUGAUUUCUAAACACACCAGAAAGGGCACAAGGUUCCUGUACUGCCCGCCCCCCCUGCACAGGUGAGCCGCUGUGUGCCCAGCAUACUAAAUCCUUUGGUUCCUCAUCCUUUCGGUUUGCCCGAUGCCAAGGGCUUCUUCAAUAACUAACACUUUGGACAUAACUGAUGGCCAGGCCUUCAUCUUUGGGCCUCGGUGGACUGCUCCUCUGAUCUCUGAGCCUCUAUUUUGCGCUUCUUCAAGACAAAAGGAAAGUCAAGAAUGAGAUCUGGAUAUUGGCAAUUCCAAUUUGGGAAAACCGAGAAGAAAGAGAAGAAUUCCAGCUGAAUCUUAUAGGGGGAACUCUGUGGUCUUCUCUCCAAUAAGAAGAAAAGAUCAAGUCACCAACUUCCAAGGGUCCAGCAUUUACAGUGACUUCAACGGACUUGGGGACAAGGGCUAGGCUUCUGUUGAAGAGAGCCCUCUCUCCUCUCUGGCAUCCCACGUGGUGGCAUAGGCUUAUGGACUACUUGGUUAUACAGGCAGGUUGAGGAUUUGGUUAUGGUCCCUUGGGGAGGUAGCAGGGACCUCUGCAACUAUGGACUAACUCUCAAACAGCAAGAUUCAUGUCUGGAUAUGUUAUUCUGUGGACAACAGUUUGGUGGGGCAGUCAUUUUCUUACUCUUGCGUUAUGGUUACAUAGUCCAUGGUUUUGACUUGGUCACUAUGCUAGGUCACUACCUGCCUUCUACCCUAGGGGCAGGCCUAAACUAUGGAGGAGCAUCAUGGCUGUGCAGGAGGCUGUGCUUUGAAAGCUGAGCCCAGAGUGGACCUCUUCCAGCAGCCCUCAAUAAUGUGAAUGGGUUAGCGUUAGGAGCCAAGGAGCAGGGCUGGGUUUUCUCCCAUCGGCCUGUGCAGUAUCCAGUGGAAUGCCCCUGUUCCUUGGGGUGUGCAGUUACAGAGCUCUGCUGUGGUCACCACCUUCUCUGCCCCUCACAAAGGGCAGUCCUUUUCAGUUGGUCUUCUUUGGACCUUGAAUACAGGAGCUGUUUUUUGUUGAAAGGAAAGGGCCCCCAGAAAUUCCUUGGCUUUAGGGAACGGGAUAAGGGGAGAUGGAAAGUGUGAGCCACAUAUCAAAACUACCCUCCUCUUUAUUCCCUGAUCGGAGGGUGAUGAAGUGUAGAGGGGAGGGAGCCCCAAGGGGAGCAGGUGCUGCUUUAUUUGAAAUGUUUCCUUACCUCAUUCUGUGCCCCAGUAAGGGGCCCAGCCUCAUCUGUCCGGGUUGGCCCCUCUUCCUCCUCUUCCCUGCUCCACUGCCUCUCUGGUGCAGCUCAUGAUUCCAGGUGCUGCCUGCCACCUUGAUUUCAGUGACCAGAUUCAGUUCAUUCCUUGAUGCUCCUGGUUCUGAAGCCUAACCAGUUUCAUUUUCCAUGGCUUCUUUUAAGUUUUUCCCCUUGUUUUUGUGGGAGACUCGGAAGAAUCUAUGGCUCCCUCUGUUGGGAAUAGGGUGGGGGGAAAAGUAAGUGUUUGUAUAUGAAAGGCAAUGUGAUUCCCCAGUCUCCUCCAGGACUGCCUUGCUAAUAUUAAUAUGCCUUCCUGCUGUGUCUUAUUUGAUGAGGAGUUAUAGCUUCCCACUUCCACUUGGAUAAGCAGAAGAAGAGUAAAGGCUAGAGACAAACACGUGGAUGGAGUGGGUCCUGAUCCAUUUUCUCUAACCCUGGCUAUGCAUGUAUCCUUUCUUACUCUAGAAUGAAUUGUUUGGCCUGUGUGAACUGAUUUGGGGUACAUGCUCUAGAAGGUUUAGGAAACAAUAGUAAUAGGGCCUCAAGAUUGUGGAUUACGGCAUUUACCCCCUAGAGUUGUCCUGGUCAGGGUAGGGACCUACUUACAGAUUGGUCUUUAAGAACUAAGAUUACUUUUUAAAAAGUCAGACUUUGGCAAGAGCUAAAAUAAUUUUAGGUGUUCUGCCCUUGACUUUAUAGACAUCUUCUAAGGAGAUGUACAAUAGAAGUAAAGGAGGGUUUAAGUAAGACUCUGGCCUACUUCCAGAUAAUGUCUGGGAAACAGACUAAAGGUAAUGCCAUUGUCCACUCUUCCAUCAGAGAGGAGCUCAGAUUGUGACAUUGCCAUUUUCUUACGGCCUUUUCUCCUGGUUAGAGGAUGAAGUGGGAAGUUCAUAUUAUCUCUCACUUGGUUUUGUUUUUUGCCCCCCACUAUUAGGGCAGUAGCCCCCUGCCCGGGAUGGGUAUGAUGUGGGCUAGAACAAACUAACUACUUUCAUUUUGGUGGAGAUAAUGCUCCCUACCAUAGAGUUGACAGUGAUUAGGAACUCUCCCUUUCUUUGCCUAUCUUCCCUCUAACAGCAAAAUUCUUAUCCUUUCCUCUUCAAUUAAAUGUAUUGAUCACCCUGUAAUUCUUUAUGUGUAUGUGUGCGUGUGUGAGUGUGUGUGUGUGUGUGUGUAUGGGGGAAGGGGUUCUUUACAAAAUUUCUGUGGUUUGUGGCUUAUUCUUCCAUACAUUAUUUCCUGUCACCGCAUGCCCAGGGGCCAUUACCUGGCAUUAUCGCAUGCUGGGAUCAUUGGGGAAGUGUAGUGAAAUUCACCUCUGUCCUUUGUUUUGGAGAUUCUUAUUUUUGCAAAGUAGUUUAUCCUAUAUAGAUGGCUGUGUAUUCCCCUUGCCCCAUGGCUGCUGGUGUAAAUAAAUUGCAUCUCCCCAUUGGUAAAUAGUAAUAAUAAAAUUUU